CAGUCAUCACUUUCACAGUCAUCACUUCCACAAUCAUCAGUGAUACAAUUGGCAGCUCUACAGGCGACAAUUCUACCCCGACAGAUCCAUAGUCUGCAGUCUCAAACACUUGCUUCUUCUAAACGGCCAUGUUCGUUCUUGCCGUGGCCGCGGCCUUCAGUGCCUGGCUCCUUUUUCAAACCCCGGCACCCACGUCACAAGUGCAGCAGGCCCGGCUCUUGCGGGACUUUGUGCUUGCAAACUUCUCCGUGGCCCAGCCAGUGCAUGUGGAUUUCGGCGACCGCGGCUUCCGCUUCCCCGACUUGGUGGAGGCCGCCCAGCGGCAGCUAGACUUCCGGCUUGCUGCGGAUGGAAUCCCCUACCGAUACCCGUUGAGGGACCGGCUCCCGAAAGUCGUGCCGCGGCCCGAAACGGAGCUUGAGGCGGCGCUUGCCCGGCCGCCGCUUCUCACCGAUGAGGGGGAUGGGCCUUCUGGGGGCGGGGGCCCGAGCACAGCCGAGGACCCGGUUGGAGCAGGCUCUAAUGUGGGUGAAUGGACCAGUGUUUUGGGCGGGUCCAGGGACGGAGAUGCCAGGGGGAAUUCCCGGGAUCUCGAGCCGAGCACUUUGGCAAAUCCCCGGCAUCUUGAGCCCAGCACUUUGGGCAGGGGCCUCAGCAAUACCAGCGCGGCCGCCCCCCAGACUCGCGUGCCCGAGUACUCGGUCGAAAUCUACUUCCAGGACCUGCCGCGCUUGUCGUUGGACCUCGUGCAGCUCAAGGCGUACAUGGCGUACUCCCUCGAUUUCAUCCACCAGAACGACUUGCCGUUCUUCCUCACACAGGCCAUAUACGACACGUUGUUGCAGCCCGACUUGGACAUGCGCAGGCAGAUGCUCGCCGGCCGCUGCAGGUUGCAAGACGUCACGCGGCACUUGAACAUCAACUUCGUGGCUGCGGAGGAGCUGGGCGAGACGCGGCCCGAGAUCUCCGCCGCCAUCUUGCAGCAUAUGCGGCAGUUCGAGGCGAUCCUGGCGUACGUCAAGAUCGUGCCCUCGGUGCACGUGCUCAACGUGCUGAAGCACAGGGCCACGGCCGGCCUCUUGCACAACUCCUCCUCGGAAUUGUCCUUCUUCUACCUGACUACCAUGCGCCCGUAUGCAAACUCCGUGCAGAACGUGCCCUUGCGCCAUUUGGACCCCCUGGCGAAGGAGCCCCUCAGCGAAGGCAACGUUUACGGUACAGAGUACCAGCGCCGCUUGCGCCUCUCGCAGACCGACACAUACAACAUCACCUCUUUCCUCGAGGACGCCACCAGGGCUAUCAAGCAGGCCAUCCGGCUCCCGCGUGACUGCUCCAAUCUUCGGCUAGUUGCCGAAAGUGUCAUGAAACACUACAUUCUCGGCGGGCUCGUGGAGAUGUUGGACCUGCUUAUUGCGCAAGAGCCUUUUGACACGAGGGCGUACAUGCACAUUCUGCGCAUCGUCGACGACAUUUUGCUGGAGGAGACCCAUGACUGGGCAAGCCGCUUGACCGAGGUUAUGGCACUACAUGACAAGCUCAAGGUGUAGGAAUGCAACGACGGGUCGACAGGUCAGUCUUUGGAAGGACCGGCAAUAUCCCCUGCGCUAUUCCACGUAUUUGCUUGGUUUCGGGCUCACGUCUUCUAUCCUCAAUACUUUCCAAUGCCACUUUCCAUCCUGCGCAUCUUUGCGUACCAUCUUUGCUGCUCUGGCUUAUCAGCUUCUCGGGACAUGUGUCAUAUUUAUUCUCUCCCACCCUCCUUGUAGAUGCUCUUGCGCAUCGUUAUUUAGCAUUUCACCAUCCCCACGUACGAUUCCAAAUCGCCACCGUGAGUUCCUCAUACCAUCUCGAGAUGCCAUUCUUGUGUGCCUCCUGGCCGGAUCAUACGAUUA